AUGGCUCCACAAUCGAUUCCGGAGCUGGCUCUACAACCGACUCCGGAACCGACUCCAGAACCGACUCCGGAACCGACUCCAGAACUGGCUCCGGAACCGACUCGAGAACCGACUCCGGAACCGACUCCGCAACCGACACUGGAACCGACUCUGGAGCCGACUCCGGAAACGUCUCCGGGAUCGACUCCGGAACCGACUGCGAAAUCGGCUCCGGAAUCCAAUUCGGAACCGGCGCUACAACCGACUACGGAACCGAGGCCGGAAUCGACUCCGGGAUCGACUCCGGGAUCGAUUUCGGGAUCGACUCUGGGAUCGAUUCCGGGAUCGACUCUGGGACAGACUCUGGAACUGACUCCGGAAACGACUCCGCAACCGGCUCCGGAACCGACUCCGCAACCGACUCCGCAACCGACUCUGGAACCGGUUCCGGAACCGACUACCGAACCGGCUUCGGAACCAACUACCGAAGCAGCUACCGGAUAG